AUGUUCUCUGAAUAUGCCUCGCGCUUCCUGGCGCAAUCUCAAAGUCGUCUCUCCUUCACUCAAGCUGAUCCAGAUGCUCGCUCUCGCAAUCCCCUCGAUCGCCGACGUCAACCUGCCUCGUCCUCUCGCUACGUCCAACGCACUCCGAUGCCCACACCUUAUCAGCACUCGGCAUCAGCCUCAUAUCUAUCUCGCUUUCCAUUCGCUUCUCGUCCGCGACAUGACGACCAUGUGCCGCUAUUCCAGGGCAUCGACCAGGAAGAUGCAGAGACACAACACGAGCGUGAGAUGGCAGAUUAUCUAGCUCUACAAAGGUCUCGCCGCAACUUCAUCCCCAGUCAUCUUACCGAGUCGUCCGAGCUUGAAGACCACACUCUCGAGUUGUCAGAUAUUGCUUCGCGAGCUAGUUUAUCCGCUUCAAAACAAAAGUCAGCUAUGGUCGAUGUCGAACUUGACUCUACCGAUAACGACGAUGGCUAUUCCGACUUUGAUAGCAUCGACAGGGAGCUCGAUGCUCGUCCACCCGCUUUCCAAACAUUCCAGCCUUCAGUGCCUCCUCCACAGUCUACCUUUCUUCCGCAAGAGACGGAUCCAGAAACAGCCUAUGCUCACCCGAGGCCACCUAGUCCGGACGGCGAUAGUGUCCCGCCGACAGUCAUCCUCCCAGCACCUGAGCCACCACGACAUGAUGUCUUCUGGUCCCAGCUAUACAAGAUUUGCGUCUUUGCCAUGUUUGCGACCUUCAUACUGGUCUGGUUCCAUACUUCUUCACCAAACUCCAAGAAGCCCCUAGGCGACACCAUUUAUUCUGCUUUGACGUCUUCCAUCAAUCUUCUGCUUUGGGAUACAGUCAUCACAGUCAUAGUCGCAAUGCUCUGGCUGGCCCUUCUUCGCGAGUACGUCCGCGUCCUGGUUUUCCUGAUGCUCGUCUCAGUUCCCGUCAUUCUGUUCUCCUUCUCACUGUACCCUUUCAUCUCAAGUUAUAAGGGCGCUUGGCACGGAAGCAGCGUGCAGGACAAGGUCAUGCGCUGGUUCUCUUUCGUUCCAGCAGUCAUCGCUUGCGUCUGGGUUUACUCGGUCUACAAAGGUCGUCGUUCGCUCGGUAAAGCGAUUGGCAUACUCGAAUUCGCAUGCCGCAUCGUCACCGCAUCUCCAAGUCUGACUCUGCUAGGAUUCGGCACGCUGGGCGUCGUGGUCUGCUUCACCUGGAUCUGGAUGGGCAUGUUCACCAGACUCUUCCUGGGUGGCCAUAUGUCAAAGCUCCAAACCUUUAUCAUCGAUCUCAACACAUGGUGGUUGGGCUUCUUCUUUGUUAUGGUCUACCUUUGGACUCUGGGCAUUAUUGCUGGUGUGCAGAGGGCAACAACUGCUGCUACCGUUUCGCAGUGGUACUUCCAUCGUCUCAGUGUUCCCGCACCGUCGUCAACCACAGUCGUUCGAGCCUCUUUCAUGCACGCGGCAGGACCUAUGCUCGGCACGAUCUGCCUCUCCACCUUCUUGUCGCUGCUUAUCCGCUUACCUCUGAUUAUCCUUCCUCGUCGCAUUGCUAGCAUUGUGACUCUUUGCGCCUUCUCCAUGGUACCGACGUCGCUUGCUGCCCUCACCAACCCGCUAACACUUACCUACGCUGCCAUUCACUCUCAAUCUCUGAGCAUCAGCGCUAGAGGCUUGUCACAGCUACGUUUUGUCUCCAAUACCUCGCCCACAACUACACUCAACCCUUCCGUCUUCGCGGCACAUCCAGGUUCUGGCGGCACCAUGAUGCCCUACCGUCUAGCAAAGCUAUUGCUCCACGCAACCCGCUUCAUCAUGUCGUUUGCCCUAGGCUUUGGAGGCUGGGUAUCUACAGCACGCAAUGUGCAGUUGGCUGGCGGUGGCUUCAAGGGCAGUCUCUACGCUUACAUUGUAGGUCUGAUAGCAGCUACAAUCGGCUGGGCAGUCCUGGGAGCCAUCGAAGGCGUUAUCGGCGGUGUGGUGGAUGCAAGCGUUGUCUGCUGGGCCAGCGAGACAGGUGGCAGAGGAGGAGCAGGCGAAGCGAGAUACUGCCGUGAAGCAGGCGAGCUCUUUGGAGAGGGAGAUUAUUAG